AUGGCGACGAGCCCGCAAGCAUUCUACUGCCUGUGGCGGGACGAGGCCGUCCGCGAGAAGCUCUUUGAGCUUUUAUCCAAGCAGGACAUCUGCGCUCUCAGACUUGCAAACUCGGCAUGCUGCAACCUGGUCACCAAGAGGCUAUUCCUCCGAACCAACGUGACCUUCACAGCAAACAGCUUUACCAAGGAGAGCAGAAUCGAAUCUCUCUCGAGAGUUGGUCAUCACAUUGAGCAUCUUACAUUCUACUUUCCCCAUUCCAACGCCACCUUUCUACCUCCUUUGAUCCAUCCUCAAACCGGGGAGGAGAUCAUGUUCCUGUAUAGCCCGCCCACAUCAACAGCAGCGGGCCUUAGCAGACCAAAGUACGGCAACUCGGAGCUCGGAGAGAUCUUGACGCAGCAAUACUCGCCCUUGUUCCAUGCGGCCACUCAUGUGUCGUCCUUUAUCAGCGCCAUGCAGCAGCUGCCCAACCUGAGGCACCUCACCAUCAAGACGCCCGGCCAGGAUCCAAGGGAACGGUACCGCCGCGACAUCGUCGACUAUGCCCUGAUCAGUCUGCGCAUCGCCGUUGAGCGCGCGCCACUUUUCAAGCUGUCCAAGCUCUCCCUGUCCGGCGUCCAUCCGUCGGCAUUCAACUACCUCCGCCACGUGCCUGGGUUCGGCGCAUCACCGUCCGCGGCUCUACGAUGGCGACAAAUCCGGAAGCUGUACAUCUCGGUCGAGUCCUGGGAUUUUUACGGCCCAUCGCCGGGACUGGAUCACCUCAAAAUCAUCGAAGAUUACAUCCGCGCCUUUGCGCCGCGGCUCGACAAGUUUGCCUUCACCUGGCUCGGCCGGCGGGGGCCGUGCCCGAUUUCCCUCUCGGGCGACCCCCUCUUCGCGCCCCCGCGCAGUGCCAAGAAGCUCUUCAACGAGGUCACCAGCCCCAUGUCCCCCUUACCACCGCGGCCGUCGCGCAGGCCGCUGUUCAUGCCCCGCGUCCGGACCAUGGCGGUGCGCAACGCAACCAUGAACGUUGAGCAGCUGCGCGGCCUCAUCACCAACCACAAGGGCACGGUCCGCGAAUUUGACUUUGAGAACGUGGCGCUCAUCAAGGGCGGCAGCUGGGACGAGGCGCUCGCGCCGCUGACGGAUGGCAGCAGCAGCGAUGCUGAUGCCUGGUCGCGCCGGUCAAUGGCCGUCAGUAGCGACAACAGCAGGCCGGGGACGGCAACUUCGGGAUCCGGGUCGGCAGUGGCGAGUUCGGUCGAGGAUCAGCAGCUCCCGCCGUCGUCGGCUGCGGCGGAGGCGGCGAGCAGGGAGCUGUUUGAGGUUGACCUUGAGGGUAUGGUGUUUGGCGGUGUGAAUGAUGUUGAUGCGUUCGAGGCUGGUGUAGAGGAGUGGGCGCGCGGGGUUACUGCCGCGGCACAGAACAGUUCCGCUGCGGCCGCCGGGUCACGUCCUAGUACGGCCAGGUCAAAGGCGGAAGAAGAAGGGGAAGGGGAAGACGAUGGGGGCUUGGCAUCUGAUAUCGAGGCCGCGAAACAAGCCAGCCAAGGGUUCACCACCAAGCUGAAGAAGCGCCGCAUCCGAAGGAGGUCUCCUCGGCAUCCUGACGAAUAUGUCGCCGAAGAAGAACACCAAGCUGUUUGUAGCCCUGAGAGUCAGAAGAGCGAGCGCUAUGGCGGCGACGACCAGCAUAGCCAUAGCCAUAGCCAUCGCCAUCACGGCCGGAUCCGCCACAAACACUCGCGCAGCAGCGACGACUCGAGCGAGAGGCAUUCCUCCCAUUCCCACCGGCGCCGCCGGCACCACCGCCGGCACCACUCGGAAGAGCCUGCUAUUCCCGAACGAGUCGGCACAGACAACAACAACAACAACAACAACGCUUCGUCCUACCGCCCCGAAACGCCGCGCCCAACUCCAAAAGAGCCCGAGAUGGAGAUCAGCGUGCCCAUCCUGAACCCCGACCCGCUGCCCGUAAUGCUCCAGCCGACCGUGUACGACCCGUCGGCCAAGUACCGCAGCAUCCCGGCCGACGACUACUUCCACUUCCACCAACCCCACCCCCACGACGCGGCAGACGACGGCCUGCUCUCCUCAGCACAACGCUCCAUCGAAGCCGACCUUCUCGCCGAAGCCGAAGAAGCCGCCGCACGCUCAUCCGCGCUGAAACGCGCCCGCGAGGCCGUCAUGACCAAACUCACGCGCGAGUUUUCGAAACGCAGCAACGGCAACGGGGGCAACGGCAGGCGGUUGAAAAAGGAGAACUCUAACAAGACCGAUUCGGCGGCUGCCGCUGCCGCCAGCGUAUCGGCGCUGCAUCAUUAUCAUCAUCAGCUUGGCAUGAGCCUGCCGCACAGCACCUCGCACAACUUGAGCUGUGCGUCGAGUAGUAAUAUGUCCGCAAGACUUAGGGAGGGGUUGUUUGGACGGAGCCUGGCGAAUGUGGCGGCGCUGGCGGCGGCGAGCAGUGCUGCUGAGAAUACCGGUAGGGGUAUGGAUAGCCAGACGGCGCUGGUGCCGUUGAUUUUUAGCCGGUCGUGA